CCUAUGGAGAACAAUACAGAGAUGACUGAAUUCAUCCUUGUGGGGUUGACUGAUGACCCCAACCUGCAAAUCCCACUCUUCAUACUCUUCUCUCUCAUCUAUAUUAUCACUCUGGUUGGGAACCUGGGAAUGAUUGAGCUGAUUCUGUUGGACUCUCGCCUCCACACUCCCAUGUACUUCUUCCUCAGUAACCUCUCUCUGGUGGACUUUGGUUACUCCUCUGCUGUCACUCCCAAGGUGAUGGCACAGUUCCACACAGGAGACAAAAUUAUAUCCUAUAAUGGUUGUGCCACUCAGUUUUUCUUCUUUGCAGGUUUUAUCACUGUAGAAAAUUUCCUCUUGGCUAUCAUGGCCUAUGAUCGCCAUGCAGCAGUCUGCAAACCUUUGCAUUAUACCACCACCAUGACGACAGGUGUGUGUACACGCAUGGUCAUAUGUGCCUACUUGUGUGGCUUCCUGAAUGCAUCCAUCCAUACUGGGAACAUUUUUAGUCUCUCUUUCUGCAGGUCUAAUGUAGUUGACCACUUUUUCUGUGAUGCUCCUCCUCUUCUGACUCUUUCAUCCUCGGACAAUCAUAUAUGCGAGAUAGUUAUUGUGUUUGCAGUAGGCACCUGCAUUCUUUUCUCUGUACUAGUUAUUUUGGUCUCCUACCUGUUUGUCUUCCUGACCAUUCUCGGAAUGCGCUCAUCUGAGGGCCGUCAAAAAGCAUUUUCUACCUGUACUUCCCAUUUCACUGCUGUCUCCAUCUUUUACGGGACAUCCAUCUUCAUGUACUUACAGCCCAGCUCCAGUCAUUCCAUGGGCACAGACAAGUUGGCAUCUGUGUUCUAUGCUAUCUUCAUUCCCAUGCUGAAUCCACUGAUUUAUAGCCUGAGGAACAAAGAAGUCAAAAAUGCUUUCAGACGAUUGUGGACAAGGAAAAUUUUUCUAUAG